UGACUUACCUGACGUCAGUGACUGAUCUGCCAUCAUGUUCAUGUUGACAAGUCUGAAAAGAAAACAAUGAAAUUCAGAGUGAAUACGAACGUUUGAGAGCUUAAGAAAGAGAAUUAAGCAGGGGAAGACAAGAAGAAGAAGAGAUGUCUCAGAAGUCCAAGUUACUUAAGGUUGUUCUACUUGGGGAUGGAGGUGUUGGAAAAAGCUCUUUAAUGAACCGUUUUGUCAGUAACAAAUUUGAUGCCCAAUCAUUUCACACCAUUGGUGUGGAGUUCUUAAACAAGGAUGUCAGCUUUGAGGGAGAGAAUUACACCAUGCAGAUAUGGGACACGGCAGGACAGGAACGCUUUAAGAGUUUACGGACACCGUUUUAUCGAGGAGCGGAUUGUUGUUUGUUGACUUUUGCUGUUGAUGAUAUUCAGAGUUUUAAAAAUCUGGCAAUGUGGAAAAAAGAAUUUUUGUAUUAUGCUGACAUUCAGGAUGGUAACAAUUUUCCUUUUGUGAUACUGGGAAACAAAAUAGAUGUGGAAAAUCGAAUGGUUUCCACUGAAAUGGCUCAAGAGUGGUGUCAAGCAAAUGGACAAGCUCCCUAUUUUGAAACCAGCGCUAAAGAUUCCACCAAUGUUGAUGAAGCAUUUAAAGCUGCGAUCAAACGCUUAAGAGAUUUGGAGGAUGUGAUAGAGAUCAAAACCCAGCAUGGAAACACAGUAGACCUGAAGAAAAAGGCCAAGUCACAGAGCUCAGGAUGCUGUGGCAAUUGAUGAGAUUGUUUUAACUUAUAACUUAGCAAAUUUUCCUUUCAUAAUGACAUUUCAAUAUUUGGCAUUCAAUGCAUCUUUUCUAUUAAAAUUCUCUACAUUUUGUAAUUAAUACACACACUUUGUCAAGUGAAUGGAAGGUAUUUCAAGUGAAAUUAUCAUGUGAAUCAAAUUGUUGGACGGAGGAAGCAUGUGCAAUAUAGCCCAAUACAUGGUGUUUGUGCUGUUUAGUAGGUAUGCUAUGUCUAAAUGUUAAAAAAAAAAUCAGGUGACAAUGUGCAUAUUGGUAACAUAAAAAUGUAAACAGUAAUUUUAUGUUCUUUGGAAUAAAUAUCAAUUAAUCAUGUUGAAAUAUAAGGAGUUGUGACUAAAAAGAAUUGUAUAAAUUAUUGGUCAAAUCAUUCAAUUUUGAUGUGUAUUGAUACUUUUUGAAAACAAUAAAGGAUACAUAUGUUUUUAAA